UACGCAUGUACGCAUGCGCGAAUGUCACCACGCAUGCUGUGAAGUCAAGUGGAGCAAAAGCGUACGAAAACAAACUACUGUCACCCUUAAAAAAAAAUCUCAAGAGAGAUAACCUAAUAUAAUUUUUCAAGAAACCCAGAGAGCCUGAUGUUACCAACACAAUGGCAACUCCAGCUAUUCGGAUGUUUCGGAGGUUAGAGGGUCUGUUUUGUGUGUACAAACCCACUGGUGUCCACUGGAAACUCGUACGGGAUAGCGUCGAGACAAAUCUUCUCAAAGGUUUGAAUGCUACAUCGUCCCAGCCACUUCCUCAGGAGGUCCGCUUCUUGGUAAACCCAGUCAGUGAGACUGAAGCACCCAAAGGACUCACACUGUCCGCAUCCUCUGUGCCAGUACUGUCCAAGCAUCCUCUGGUGACUGGACCUGAAUUCCAGCAUAUCAGAGUUGGAGUAGGACAUCGCCUGGAUGCAUUUUCUUCUGGUGUUCUGGUUCUCGCUGUUGGGAAUGGAAACAGGGCCAUGAAUGAUCUCUACAGAACCCGAGUCACUAGGGAUUACACUUUGGAGGGGGAAUUUGGGACAGCAACGGAUGAUUUCUCACACACAGGCAGAGCUGUGGAAAGAUCCACCUUCGGUCACAUCACACAGGAUAAGCUGGACAAAGUAUUGGCGAUGCUGCAGGGAGCCAAUCAAAAGGCCUUGUUAAUGUAUUCCAAUGUAGACAUGCACUCUCAGGAAGCCUAUGAGAUGGCUGUGCAAGGUUUACUGGGUCCAGAGGGGAAAUCGCAGCCUAUUUUGACAGGCUUGCGUUGCAUUCACUUCCAGCCCCCCAACUUUACUUUAGAGGUGCAGUGUCUAAAUGAAACUCAGAAAUAUUUGCGCAAAGUUGUACAUGAGAUAGGACUCGAGCUGCGCAGCACAGCAGCGUGUAAAGGAGUUAGACGGACCAGAGACGGCCCCUUCACACUACAGGAUGCCUUGACCCAUCACCACUGGACUGCUUCUGAUGUUAUACAAGCCAUCAGACAAUACCACUCUAAAAUAAAUCUAAAAUAUUCACACACACAGAUGAAGGACACAGUAUUACAACCACCUGAAGAGAGUACAACAUUAAAAAAAAACAGCGACGAAGCAGUGGUAGGUAGAAUUACAUGACUUGUUGCUGUGAGCAGCAGUUAACACAAGUCACAGAACUGCUCUACAGGGACUCUGUGAGCUUGAACUUUAGUUGGAAAAGUGAUGUGUUUGUUAUCAAGAAAUAGUAUAAAAAAUAAUUUGACAAAUUGUUUCAGAUUCUGUUUGGUUGAGCUACCGUUUGAUAAUCUGAGUUUACGUCCAUGUUUAUAGACAACAUAUUAAACUGUGCAUUUGUGUGGUUGGUGCCUUGAAUAGAGGUUUUGUUAGUUAAAUCAACACUCUUGAAGGUCUGUAGAUGACUUGAUGCACCUACAUUAUCAGAACAUUAUUUCAAACCAGUCAUUUCUAAGACAGUCCUCAUGUUUACACUUACUGGUCCCAUCCAGUUAACUUGGUAAACAACCUUCUUAUCUCUGCUGUGGUUGCGUGUCAAACUAAGUACAAUCAACAGACAUCUUCCUGCCAGCUUACCCACUGAGAACCAUAGAUUGUCUGUAAUGAAGGACCGCAAAUGAUGACCACAAUAGUAACUUUUGACUGUACGGCGUGCAGUUAGCAGCCAGUGACCUUGUGUCUUUACCCAUUUAAAAGGUUUUUGUCCAUAGUUUUCCCCAUUACAUUUUGGGGUUUAAUUAUGAGGAAACUAGAAAGUUCCUUGAAAACAGUAAAUAUUGAUUAAUUCAUUAGUUAUUGGAAAUGUUAUUGUUUAGCUGACCUGCUGUGUACUAACUAAAUGUCUCGAGGUUACAGCAGCAAUUUAUUGGAAGUUUACUAAAUGAAUAGUGUCUAUUUUCUCUGUAAUACGUACAAAAUUACAUUGUUCUUUCCAGGAAACUUAUCGUAAAUUAUUUAAGUGUUCUAAAAUGACAGUUCUGUAAAACAA